AACUUCUGAAAUUUCGCUGAUUUAUGAUUGAACUCUGAUAAAUGAUAAUAUAAAAUGAAUUACAUUAGAAAUAUUCCAUGAAAGCUUUCAGAGAGUCAAUUCGUAACGUAAUAUAUUCCAAUGAGAUUAUGAAUACUCACAUUUCGAAAUAUUUUGGGUGAAAUUGUAAUAUUGACUCUUUUGAUUUUCCUUCAUUCACAUUGAAAAUGUGGUUCCCUAUUUUGGCUAAUGGGCUCAUGUCGUGUUCGGCAUAUUAUUUAUCCAUAAAAUUAAUACCCAAAGUCAAAGACAUGUUUAUUAAGGCUAAUUUAUUUGGUGUAGAUCAAAAUAAAAAAAAUGGUGAAAAAGUACCUGAAUCCAUAGGAGUUGUUACAGGAUGUAUAUUCUUGAUAACGAUGUUUUUAUUUAUACCAAUAUCAUAUGGGAAUGGAGAACAUAAUGAAAAGUUUCCACACGAGUUUGUUGAAUUGAUUGUGGCCCUUCUUUCCAUAUGUUGUAUGCUACUGCUUGGGUUUGCUGAUGAUGUUUUAGAUCUUCGUUGGAGACAUAAGCUAUUACUCCCAACAAUAGCAUCUUUACCAUUAUUGAUGGUAUAUUAUAUAAACUUCAACACUACCACAAUUGUUAUUCCAAAGCCGUUUAGGAGUCUGCUUGGAGUUACUUUAGAUAUUGGUAUACUUUACUAUGUUUAUAUGGGAAUGCUGGCUGUAUUUUGUACAAACGCUAUCAAUAUCCUUGCUGGCAUAAAUGGUCUUGAAGUUGGUCAGAGUAUUGUUAUUGCUAUUUCUAUCAUAAUAUUCAACUUGAUUGAAUUAUCAGGACCAUUGUGGAAAGCACACCAAUUCAGUCUAUAUUUCUUACUGCCGUAUUGUGCUACUUCACUUGCCUUGUUCAAAUAUAAUUGGUACCCAUCUAGAGUUUUUGUAGGGGACACAUUUUGUUACUUUUCUGGUAUGACUUUUGCUGUUGUUGGUAUUUUGGGACAUUUCAGUAAAACCACAUUAUUGUUUUUCAUACCACAGGUUUUCAACUUUUUGUUUUCUGUACCUCAAUUAUUUCAUUUUAUAGAAUGUCCAAGGCAUCGUUUACCUAAGUACAACGCUGAGACUAAUCAGUUGGAUUGUAGUUUAGUGAAGUUUCAGUACUCAAAGUUGGGAGUAUUAGGCAAAUUUUUCUUAAAAUUAUUCAAGUCACUUAAAUUGAUAAGAUGGCACGAGAAGGAUGGUUUCAUAACUACCAAUAAUUUUACAAUAAUUAAUCUUGUUCUCUUGUACUUAGGACCAAUGCAUGAAGCUAAAUUGACAACUAUUCUUAUUGUGAUACAAAUAUUUUGUACAUGUAUAGCUUUCACUAUUAGGUAUCCUCUAGCAUCUAUUUUUUAUGACCUUUGAACUAUAUUUAUGAUAUACCAAAGUUUUUAAAUGCAUAUAUUCAUGUUGCUUAUUAUUAGAAGUAUAUUAAUAAUAAAAUGAACUUCCAUGG